UGCGCAUUCCAGCUAAACAAAAUGAGUCUUGGUUAUCCAUCAAUCGUUCCUCAGAAGAAAGGAGACACCAGUAUCUCACCACCACAGGGUAAUUAUGGUGUACAAGAUACCAUGGUCAAAGGAUUAGGUCAAGUGAGAAGUGACCUGACUCCUUCGCAUCCUUUGGAGUUUUCUGAAUCCCAUUUUGGUUCAAAUGAGACACAGCGGGAAUACUCUAUGCUGAGAAAUACUCAAGGUCUGCAUGCACCACUUCGAUUACAAAUGGAAAGAAAUGCUACAAAACAGAUUCAGAGGUUACCAUUCCUACCAAGUUCUAACAUAGCUUACAAUACUUUGAUUGGUAGAGAUGAAACAAUUGAUUUUGAAGAUAUAUUAAAUGCUCCUGGUGAUUCAGAAAUAGCUGGAGAUCCCCAUAUUGUGAUGGAGAAGAGACUUUCUAUUCUUUAGUAAUGGAAGAUCAUUCCUCAUAGUUGUAUCAUGGCCCUUCACACAACUCUGACAAUCCUGCAGUAAUUUGAUCUAUUAGAAUCCCAUCUUGAUGAGUUUAUGCACUAACAAACACUUCUGAUACAUUUAAACGAGGAUAGUUUAUGUUCAUAUGUAAUCCUAUUCAGUUUGUCAAACUCAAGAGGCAAACCAGUCUUACAUUUACUUAAAUCUUGUGUGCUUCUACCAGACCAAAUGUUUAUGGCGAUGAUGACCUUAAAUGACAGGAUGCAGAGUUGUAACAGAUUCCACAGAAACCUCCCUAUGCAGAUAAACAGUUCUGUCAUUAAUAUCUGUAUUAUUUAUGACAUUAUGGAAUAAAAUACUGCCUGAAUUUUGUAGCAUCAUAGUCUCGUGGAUCACUGUAUGUUAAAUAUAUAUGUAUUAUUUAUAUUUCAUUUCAGUUUCUUAGCAAAACACACCCAACUAAAAUUCAAAAUUUUCAUGUUUGAUCACAUGUUAUCAAGUUUGUUUCACUGUUCUUGUUCAAAUAAAAAAUUUAAAU